AUAAAAGUGCACAUGACGUUGAGGCAAGCAUCUAGUUGUUCAAGUGUUUGCAUAGUAUAACAGCAAAAAUGAAAGUAGUCGCCGUUUUGAUUUUCGCUUUGAUUGCCCAGAGCUAUGCCUACUCAAGCUCUUACGAUUUCGAGGACCAACGGAAUCAACGGGAGUUCGACAACAUUGAACCAUGGACCAAAAUGAAUCGUUAUUCUUCAUCAAACUCUGAAGACUAUGAAUUCAAGAGUUCAGCAUCUCGCUUCCCCGAAGCUCAGUUCUUCAAGAGGAAAGUGAUUCAACGUCUAUCUAACUCUCCUGCCUUCUAUAAUAAUCCCCAGAAUAAGCAAAGACUUAUCGAAGUCGCUGAUGAAAAAUUGGAAAAUUGCAAAACUCCCAGCGGCAAUGGAUUGGACAGAUCUUGUUUAGGUCGUGCUAUUGGCCAAGUCAUGCAAUUGGUCGCUUCCGUUGAAAAUGCCGACCGCAACUCGGGUUUCCGUGGCCAAAGACAAAGUUCUUACGAUUACUGAACUCUAAAAAAUGACAAUUAUCAUCAAUUGGUAUUUAAAAAAAAAAACUUUUUUUUAUUCUUCAUUUGAAUUAUUAAUGUAAUAAAAAGCAUUUUCAAUAUGAAA